AAAAUAUCAAGUAUUAAAACAUCACGAUUUUGCAGAGCCAAGUUAGUCCGUCAAAAUGGUCAGAAUCGAGACGUGUUACUUUUGCAGUAGGCCUGCCUAUCCAGGCAAGGGAAUAACAUUCUGCCGCAACGAUGCCAAGCAAUUCCGUUUCUGCCGCUCCAAAUGCCACAAGAAUUUUGUCAUGAAGCGCAACCCGCGCAAGCUAAAAUGGACCAAGGCCUUCCGCAAAGCCGUGGGCAAGGAGAUGACCGUCGACUCCACCCUUCAGUUCGCCGCGCGCAGAAAUGUCCCCGUCCGGUACAACCGCGACCUUGUGACCAAGACCCUUAAGGCCAUGGAGCGCGUCUCCGAAAUUAGGGCCAAGCGCGAGCGUGUCUUUGCUAAGAGACGACUAGCGGGCAAGAGAGCUAGGGAAUUGGCUACCGAUCGCAAGCUCGUCGAGACCCACGGUCAUCUGUUACCUAAGAUGCGCGGCUCUGAGAAGAGAAGACUGGCGGAGGAGCAGGGACUGGCGCCCGAGGAGAUUGAGGAGCUGGAACAGAUGAAUAUGGUUGCCGAGAAGAGCAAAGUGUUCGGCAAGGAGAAGCUCCGACAAAGAGUGCGUGUCGACGGUGGCGUCGAGGUCAUGGGCGAGGACAACGGCGGCAUGGAUGUGGAUUCCGAUUAGAUGACACGACACCAUACUGGCGUAGAUGUACAGUCCUGACGCGGGGGGAAAUAUGAGAGAUACUGCACAAAGGGAGACGCCAGAAAAUUUCGGGCCGCGGCGUUCAUGUGUGGACUGCUUUGAUUAUUCUGCAUGCCCUGGCGUUGGUGGAUUCUAAAUUCUAGGUGUCUGGUACCUUUUCCCAUUACGAAACUUUUGACCCGCCCAUUCAAGUCUAGCGGGAGCAUAUACACAUCACUGCCAAACCAU